AUGCACAACACUACUCCUGCUGCUCUUGCAGUGAUUAGGCCCCAUAACACAGAUGCUCCUUCUGUCAUAAACCUCGCUGAGGAGUUUCAAAGACUUCAGCAUGAGUAUGAAGAUAUCAAUGGAGGUAAGUUUGAACGAGCUAUUCAGAGCAAGCUUCUCGAGCAGAGAAAAGCUUUUAUUCACCAUCUUGAGUCCAUGUUCUCUGAAAUCAACGACGUUUCCAAUCGAAAAAUUCAAGAAACAAACGCCAAAUUCGGUUUCACCUUGCCACUCGAGGAACUGAAGAAAGUUUCUUCAUCAAAUAUCACUGAGCACGAUCGGCGAUUUAUUGCCACUGAGAGAGAGAGUGCUGCUGUCCAGAAGAAACAUUUGAAGGAGCGCUUAGAAGUAAGAAUUGACUAUACAACUUUCAUGAUAAGAAUCAAAUUUCAAAUUUCAUCCGCACUGGGAAUCACCGUCACUGCAGAUCCAUCCUCGCUCACCCGAACUACCGAGAGCCCCGAUAAUACAGUCGAAAUCGCACAGCUUCUUAAAAGCAACCGCUCUCUCCAAAACGAACUCGAAGUCUCAAAACAAACCGUGAUCAAACUUGAAGAUGAAAAGAAGCAAGACAAAACAAUCAUCGCUAGGUGGCAGUUCCUCCAUUACGAGAACCGACAAGAAAACGCCACUCUCAAAGAAGAAUUGAAACAUCUCAAAGAAAACAUUUCACACUAUGAAGUGGUCGCGAACUCUUGUUCUCGUGUCCGCCACGGAUUGUCCCAUAAAGGACGCUGUUUCCGCAACAAUGACAGAUUCCAUGACAUCGAAGGCCGCCCUCCAGCCGACAGAAAGGUGAUCGAUCGUCGUAAGAAUGCUUGCCAUCAAGGAGACAUUGCAGUCGAUUUUUCACUGUUCAUGAUUGAUCCAAAUCGUGCUGGUUGGAAUAUUGGAGGGGAGCGCUAUAUGGAUUUUACCAGCUCGUAUCGUGUGACACCGCAUCAAUGGGCGAAGAUUCUCGAAGAUUCCAAGGCGCGCCCCGAUCGGGUUCUCCUUGAAGUUCUCAACAUGCAUGGUACGAUGUACCGUUGUUACGCCAACACGGAGUAUACCCACAGCCCCCAGAAUGAUGUAACUUUCAAUGUCCUCUUCGCAAAGCUUUUCAAGAGAUACAAGGAUCUGUUGGCAACUGCAAACCAAUUCCCUUCGGCCACACGAUACGAAAACCUUGUCACCUUUGUCAAGCAAGCUGCGAACGAUCGGGGGAAAUUGAGGGAAAUAGUUCGAAGAACUGUUGCUCACGAGAAAGCUCGGUGCUUCGAACAAGCCCGGGUGAUUUCGCCAUACAGUCUUCCAAGAAGAAGCCAAUACAACGCGGCAGGCUUUGAGUCGGCGAAGGGAGGACAAUCCUGGUGGUAG